AUGGACACUCGUGGCAAGACCAAUGCGGAAUUCCGCAAUGAGGUCAACGAGACCUUGGCCCGGCAUGAGUCAAGCUUCGACCAAGUGAACAUUGUCUUACAAGCAGUGUUAACCGAACUCCAAGCCUUCCGAGCCUCACGAACCACUCCCGAGACCAACCCCUUUGCUCAUGAAGAGGCCUCACACCCACAUACUUCCCGUUCCAGCUCCGUCMAUGAUCACCCUCAUCAGCACGUCAAAUUGUCAUUCCCGAAAUUUAAUGGGGAUGACCCAAGCGGCUGGAUUUACAAGGCAGAGCAAUAUUUUGAUUUCCAAAAUAUUGCAUCAGACCAACAAGUGCAACUAGCUUCCUUCCAUUUGGAAGGACUUCACGAUGACAUCCGUAUAGACGUGAAAAUUAAGCAGACUAGAACCUUGAUAGACACGAUCGGAGUUGCUCGACUAAUUGAGGAGCAGAACCUACUACAGCGGAAAUCAAACCAGCAGGUUCGAUCCCAACCAGCCAUAGUAUCCCAGAGAGGGUCACCCAACCCAAUGGAGGGUGUGCUCGGGCCUCCACCAACCCAGCGCACGAACCAAGUUUCCAGCGCUGCACCAGCAACGUUCCGGUGGCUCACCAACCAGGAGGCGCGAGAACGUCACGAGAAGGGAUUAUGCUACUACUAUGAUGAGAGGUUCACCACUGGCCACCGUUGCGAACGUCCACAGUUAUUCAUGAUCGAGGAUCCCAUACAGGCGGACACGGAGAAUGACGAGGCAGAGGCAGAGAACCAAGAAGCGAUUCCUGAGAUCUCCUUCCAUGCGAUUGCAGGAGCUGAGCACCCACAAACCAUACGCGUUCUAGGUAAGAUGAAAAACAAGAACGUGACGGUGCUUAUUGAUGGCGACAGUACCCACAACUUCAUUGAUCAAGCCAUAGUUUCUAAGUUCGGGUUACCAGUGAACCGGGACAGAAAAUUCCAAGUUAUGGUCGCCAACCAGGAAAAGAUAGAAUGUGUGGGGCAGUGCCGGGCUCUCACUCUCGCCAUCCAAGGGCAUCCCAUUACUGUUGACUACUACAUUCUCCCAGUUGCGGCAUGCCAGCUGGUAUUAGGAGUGCAAUGGCUAGAAACUCUUGGACCCAUCGAGAUGGAUUAUAAACGGCUGACCUUGACGUUCAAGAAGGGAGGAGUCUCUUGCACCUUCCAAGGAGUGGGACGAGCCAGCAUCGAAGCCUUGACCGACAAAGAGUGCAACAGAUUACAAGGUACGGGGUUUCUUUUCCAAAUAGUUCCUUCCAACUGCAGCAGCCAACCCAGUUGUUAUCCGCUUGAGAUGGACCACAUCCUAACUGAGUUUUCUCAUGUAUUUGAUCCGCCCACCAACCUGCCACCUAAACGACCACAUGACCAUCAAAUUCCACUUCUUCCCGACAAGGGACCAGUUAGUGUGAGGCCAUAUCGGUACCCAUAUUACCAGAAGACAAAAAUAGAAGAAAUGGUGAAGGAACUUCUGCAGUCAGGAUUGAUAAGGUCAAGCAACAACCCCUUUUCAUCACCGGUUUUGUUAGUGAAGAAGGCUGAUGGAGCUUGGAGAUUUUGCAUGGAUUACCGAGUGCUGAACGACAUCACGGUAAAAAACAAGUACCCCAUUCCGGUGAUUGAUGAACUAUUAGAUGAGCUCCACGGGACCAAGUUCUACUCCAAACUAGAUCUACGGUCUGGGUACCAUCAGAUUCGGGUGCGAGAAGAAGACAUUCCUAAAACAGCCUUCCGAACGCAUGAAGGGCAUUACGAGUUCUUAGUGAUGCCGUUUGGAUUGGUGAAUGCGCCUACAACCUUUCAAAGCCUCAUGAACGACCUCUUCCGUCCAUACCUCCGAAAAUUUAUUUUGGUUUUCUUCGACGACAUUCUGGUUGAGUACUUGGGUCAUAUAAUUUCAGAGCAAGAUGUGUCAGUUGAUCCAACCAAAAUACAAGCCGUUUUCGAAUGGCCUACACUGACAUCGGCAAAGGGGGUCCGUGGCUUUCUCGGGUUAGCAGGAUACUACUGGAAGUUCAUCCGCAACUUCGGAAGCAUAGCAGCUCCCUUGACCCAACUAUUGACCAAGGGGGGAUUUCAAUGGAGCGAGACAGCGGAGCUGGCUUUCCAGUAG